AUGUCUCAUCCGGUUUUAAUCAUCGGAGCCGGUCUAGGCGGGGUAUGUCUCGCCCAAGCACUUCACAAAAACAACAUCCCAUUCAAACUAUUCGAGCAAGACGAAAGACACAAUCUCCGAUCUCAAGGCUAUCGUCUGAGAAUUACCGAGCAUGGUAUCAGUGCUCUAGAGCAAGCUCUCACUCCUGAACUCUUCGCUCUAUUCGAGAAGACCUGCGCUACAACCACCGGGUUCGGCAUCAGAGUUAAACCAGAUGGCACAUCGAUGCCCUUUUCAUCUUCAGGAGGUCCUCCAGGACCACCUCCAAGCUCUUUAUCCCAAAGGGCAUACACAGUGGGCCGCAGUACCUUCCGUGAAGCUAUGCUCACAGGUCUUGAGGAACAUGUUUUCUUUGGAAAGAGUUUCGUACGCUAUGAAGAAUUCCCUGAAAAUAUCAUCGCCCAUUUCGCAGAUGGGACUAGUGUAGAUGGAAUUCUAAUUGUUGGUGCGGAUGGUGUACGCUCUCGAGUUCGCAGACAGCUUAUUCCGAAUUUUCCUGCUAUUGAUACAGGCAUGCGCAUUGUGUUUGGUAAAACACCGAUUACACCGGAAUACCUCGCCGAAACACCUGAGAGCCACCGAACAGGGAUGAGUCUCGUGACAGAUCCAGAUGACAAAGAUCAGCCAACUCUCAUGUUCGAGUCGAUUCAUUUUCCCUAUGCGGGUGAAGUGUCAAACCCACAAUUACCUGAUCCGUACAUGUACUGGGUACUUGUCUUUCAUCGCGAGAUCAUUCCCUUCUCGGAUGAGAAGUCGUGGCAUUAUACACCAGAAGAAGCAGCCAAUCUUGCACGCCAGCUGACUGCGUCUUGGAAACCUGCUUUGCAAUGUAUUAUCGUUCACCAGGAUGCGAGUCAAUCGUCUGUUCGUUCACUUUUGUCUGCGCCAUUGGAUAUCGCAGCUUGGGAGCCAUCGGGCAGAGUGACACUUCUUGGAGAUGCAGUCCAUGUGAUGCCUCCGACUGGGGCUAUGGGAGCAAAUACUGCUCUGCGGGAUGCUGCUGACCUGGCCCGCCGUAUUGUUAAAGCUGGUGGUGCUGAAAAGUUGGAUAGUCAGGUUAUUGGAGAGUAUGAGACGGAUCUGCGUGAGUUUGCGAAGAAGGCAAUUGACAUGAGUUGGAAAGGAGGGAUGAAGAGCUUUGGUCUUAGAUCUAUCGAGGAAUGUGAGAGUAUUGUUCUCUAG